UGUGGAGACACGUUCCGAGCGCGCGGCCAGUUAAUUGAGUUCGGCCGCUCUCUUCAUCCUAAUUGACUUUGCCAAGAGAGCUCUUGUUUAAUGGGGUGAAAACACACAAGAGACUAAUGGCCAGCAAACACAGGGAGAGUGCAGCAGCAGCUCCGUGUUUGUUGUCGCCAGAGGGCCCUUCGCUCGAGACGAGGCGCGUAAAAACGGUGUUAAAUGGGGCAUUUAGAAAAGUGUAAUGGCCACGUUUUUAAAGUCCGAAAUGCUCGAAAAGAAAGCGGCUGUGGAAAAUAGGAUGUGGCGGCUGAGUUUCCAAGACGACCGUGUCUCUUAUCUCGCAGGUCAACCCAAUGUUUGCGCCCAUUCGUAUCGAUUUAUCCGGCGCAGCGCGCGGACAACAGGUAGUUCCAUAUAAAAAGUCGAUAGUUGCAUUGUUUGAGGACCAUCCAGAGUGUCCCGCGUGAGAAACCUUUUGUUUUCUCUAAAGCUGAGGGUGUUUCCAGCUCACCUGUUCACUUGUCUGAGGAAGUCCGUGUAAACAGAGUGGCGCUGAUUUACGCCGAGUUAAGUUUACUGGAAGGAGAAAAUCUCCCACAAGCUGCAGAAUAUCCUGGAAACUGGCCGCUGUGGGUCUGCUGUAUCUGAGCAAACAGAAACCAAUGGCUCAGGCGCCGCAGGGUCACAUGGUGACAGAGUGACACACUUGUGUGGAGCCGCGGAGGCCCUCGCAGUUGCGCCACAGGUAGAGCUGAAGGUCCAACGCGCGGAGGGAAGGCGGCCGGUCUGCGGUGCUCGCCAGCCAUGAACCAGGACGAUCAUUUCUACCCCUCUCAGGUUUUUAAAGACUCCUGCGCCUACCAGAGACCCCAGGGGGAGGACUACAGCCCUCCGCCCUGCCUCUACAUGAGCAGGCAGGUGCACUCCGUCUACACACCGCCGGCCCUGGGGCCCCUGGAGCAGGCCAGCCUGACGGACAUCGCCKCCGCGUACAGCCUGCCCAACGCGCGGGAGGAUCCAGGUGUGCCGCAGCUGCACCACCCGCAGGGGCUCCCGCAGGCCCCGCUUCAGCCUCCGGGUUAUGGAGACCCGGGGGAACAGAACAGAUACCACCUCCCUUUUCCCUGGAUGAAGACCACAAAGUCUCACUCACACACCUGGAAGGGACAGUGGACAGGGCCCUACGUGGUGACCGAGGCUGAGGAGAACAAGCGCACGCGGACUGCGUACACRCGCGCCCAGCUGCUGGAGCUGGAGAAGGAGUUCCUCUUCAACCGCUACAUCUCCAGGCCGCGGCGCGUGGAGCUGGCUCUGACCCUCAGCCUCACCGAGCGCCACAUCAAGAUCUGGUUCCAGAACCGGCGCAUGAAGUGGAAGAAAGAGGAGGACCGCAGGAGGGCCAGGGGACCCGACCCGGACCAGGACUCCUCCAUCACCUCYGGGGACCAGGGAGAGGCGGCAGGAGGGGUGUCCUCCACGAAUGGACCCCACACCUCCACAACACCCCCGGUUUCUCCGCUGCACACCCACACCCUGUCUGGGUCCAGAGAAUAGACCCCUAUAGACCAGAACCUUCAGGGAUUCUUUGUAUUUAGUCCCUCACUGGAGAGGAGUCAGAAGGAGGCUCUCUUCUUUGUUUCUAUGAACCUUUUGGAUUCAGGUGGUCGGUUCUGGACUAAAUUGUGAGAUAUUUGGGACAUCAGAGGACAACAGACAACAAAGUCUAAUGAAAAACCCAGUUUCCCUCCCUUUGGAUACAAACUUACACUUCCCCAAGGUUUGGACUGAAAAGCUUUGUGUUUUAUUUAACAAUAUUUUCCACACAGAGUCCACUUGUGUGUCGACAGAUGAGCUGGAGGGUUGUUUGGUACCACCUGAGUGAAUUAURAAGUUUUUACGUAGGGUAGAUCUCUGGACCUGUAGCUGUGGGACCAGGUUUCAACUGGGGGUGCUAUCAGCAUAUCGCAUGCCUUUAAACACCAAUAUGAAGAAUAUCAAGCAGUGAAAUGCACAUUUAAAUAAAAUACAUUAACGUGCAAAUUGGACAAAUAAUGUGUAUAAAAUCAUUAUAGACAACAGUAACUGUUGGUUUACCAGAAUAAAAAGUAAUGCCCAUCUUUA